AUGGCAUCUACACGGCUACGGAAGACAUUCAAAUAUCCAGACUCGGACGGCGAUGAUGAUACACGUCCAGAACUAGAUGACCAAGAACAGGAGGCUUUGAUUGAAUCCUUGCGCAGGGAUAAUGAGACGGCAAACGCUUUCUACCAGGUCGUGCUAGCUGUGAUACCUUGCAUAUCUAGUUGCAUCUUCAUACCCACAAUAAUAUCAUUCAACUCUGCGUUUUGGGACAGGACUUCGGCAUUUCUUAGUGCCGCCUCUCUCCUGUGGACGGCCUAUUAUAUGAAAUAUACCCGUCUGCCUCAAAAUAAACCCAAAGGAAGACGCUCUAUCAGCCUAUCGGAGGAGAAAGAAGACCCUAUUAGCCGAUAUACAGUAACAGUUAACGCUGUGAUUUCUCUCUUCCUGGCACUCUCCGGAUUCCUAAGUUUCCAAAAGGACCCGGGCAAUGCAUACCAUAUCUUAUAUAUUGUACCAGCCGUUGUGUUAUUCACCAUCGUAGCGGCUAGGAGAACCAUGGUUUCAGUCGACCUUGACGAAUUAGAGCACCUGCGGUACGAAUAUAAAGGAGCGUAA